AUGAUCCUAUCUAUCUAUCUAUCUAUCUAUCUAUCUAUCUAUCUAUCUAUCUAUCUAUCUAUCUUAUUUAUUCGUCUGUUGCAUUUUCUUUUUCUUCUUUCUUACACCCACUUACGUUUUCUACAAUCCUCCUCGUGUCUGUUAACUACGACCAGACACGAUUUCAUAGUGUCUUCUCGAGCCUGGGCGGCAAAUUCAAAUUUGGGUAAGUACAACUGCUUCAUAUCUAUCACUCACCUCACGCAUUCUCUCUCUCUCUCUCUCUCUCUCUCUCUCUCUCUCUCUCUCUCUCGCUCUUUCUCGCAUAUCAAUCUUGUUAAAACACGAAACAUUACGUUCACUAAUGUAUGUAUAUUUGACAUCUAUCUAUCUAUCUAUCUAUCUAUCUAUCUAUCUAUCUAUCUAUCUAUCUAUCUAUCUAUCUAUCUAUACGUGCCCGGGCACAUUCUUGUACUUUGUACACGCUAUCUAUCUAUCUAUCUAUCUACCCACAACAACAAAAACUGUAUCUAUAUAUUUAUCUGUUCACAACAUCAACUGGCUCUAUCUAUUUAUCUACCUAAUCUAUGUAUGUGCUCACACCAUCAUCAAUUGUAUCUAUCAAAUUUGUUCAAACCAACGUCAAAUCUAUCUAUCUAUCUAUCUAUCUAUCUAUCUAUCUAUCUAUCUAUCUAUCUAUCUAUCUAUCACAAAAACAGUAUAUAUCAAUCUAUCUACACCAAGGACAUCCGUAUCUAUGAAUCUAUCUAUGUAUCUACCAAAACGAACAUCCGCUGUAUCGAUCUAUCUGCUCACACCAACAUCAGCUGUGUCUAUCUGUUGACACAAACAUCAACAGUAUCUAUCUUUAUUUGUUCACACCAACAUCAACUGUAUCUAUCUAUCUAUCUAUCUAUCUAUCUAUCUAUCUAUCUAUCUAUCUAUCUAUCUAUCUAUCUAUCUGUCACCACCAAUAUCAACUGUAUCUAUCGAUCUGUUCACACCAACAUCAACUCUAUAUAUCUGUUCAAUCUAGCAUCAACUAUAUAUAUCUAUCUGCUCGUACGAAUAUCAACCGUAUCUAUCUAUCUAUCUAUCUAUCUAUCUAUUCACACCAACGUCACCUGUAUCUAUCAUCAUAUGUAUCUAUCGGUUAACACCCACAUCAACUGUAUCUACCUAUCUACCUCAUCAGAACAACACAUUGAGAAUAAAAUUAAAUGA